GCGGCAUUACAGUCAAUGACGGGAACUCCGUGCAGCAGGACAAGACACUUUCUUUUUCAUUUCUGACACUUUUAAUAUGGACCUUUCCUACUGAACGUGAAUAUGACUUUUAUUAUUAGAUAACACUUUUUUGGAAUUCAUUCUCAUAACUUAAUGUGUUUUUUUUUUUUUUUUUGUUUUUUUUUUUUUGUUAAACUUUAUAAAUGAAUCUUCCUGGUGAUGUUGAAACCGGCAUUUUGCUUAUAUGUAUCUGAAUAUAAGUGGCCUAAUGCUGGUAAAUGUGCUGUAAUUCUGUGACCGUCAGCCAUCACAGGAAUUCAUCAGCAGUGUAUUUUCGGAACAGCGUCACUCAGUGACAGCGGGACCCGCGCGGAUAGUUUAUCUGUGGAUUUUAAAGGACCAUCUUAAGCCACGUUGAGUGUCUGAUAGCUUAAUCUCAUCUGCACUGAAAGAUGCUCCAGAAUGGCAAGUCUCAAACGGACAACGCGGACGCGUCCGAGCCAAAGCCAAAGCCCGAAGCGCAAAGCGAGAAGCCAGAAGCGAGCGAGAGCGCCGCGUCUCACCCAGAGAAUGAGUCCACAGACACUGACUCCACUCAGUUCCCCCUGCCCGUCUAUCCCAAACUAGAAAUCAAGCGCCAUGCUGUGACUGAUGACUACAAAAUGUCAAGUCAUGUGUUGGGUCUGGGUGUUAACGGCAAAGUUGUGGAGUGCUAUAACAAGAAAACCGGACAAAAGUGCGCGCUGAAGAUUCUGUACGAGUGUCCCAAAGCCCAAAGAGAAGUGGAACUGCACUGGCGAGUAUCUGGAGGGCCACAUAUAGUUCGGAUCCUCAGCCUCUAUGAAAACAUGUAUCGUGGGAAAAAGUGUCAAAUCAUAAUUAUGGAAUGUAUGGAGGGGGGAGAGCUCUUCAGCAGAAUUCAGGCCAGAGGAGACCAAGCCUUCACUGAGCGAGAGGCAUCUGAGAUCAUGAGAGACAUCGGCACAGCCAUCCAGUAUCUGCACAACAUGAACAUUGCACACAGAGACAUCAAGCCAGAGAACCUGCUCUACACUAAUAAAGAAGACACUGGAGUUCUCAAACUAACAGACUUUGGCUUUGCUAAAGAGACUUCACUGCAUAACCUAUUACAGACGCCCUGCUAUACGCCGUAUUAUGUAGCACCAGAGGUUUUAGGCCCUGAGAAAUACGACAAAUCAUGUGAUAUGUGGUCUCUGGGCGUGAUCAUGUACAUCCUGUUGUGUGGAUUCCCACCGUUCUACUCCAACACAGGACAGGCCAUUUCACCGGGAAUGAAGCGGCGUAUUCGCAUGGGCCAGUACGAGUUUCCCAACCCAGAGUGGGCUGAAGUGUCUGAGGAGGCCAAACAGUUGAUUCACCAGCUAUUAAAGACCGACCCUAAUGAAAGAAUGACCAUUGAACAAUUCAUGAACCACCCCUGGAUCAAUCAAUCCAUGGUGGUUCCCCAAACGCCUCUCCACACCACACGAGUGCUGACAGAAGACAGCGAGAUGUGGGACGAGGUCAAGGUGAGCGCAGGAUGCACUGCCCAUUGAAAGAAUUACACUACCUGUUUAGAAUAAUAUCCAAAUAUCAUUGAAGUGUCUUUUUCAUUCUGUUUUGUUAUUUUUAUGUAAUACCUGACGCUGAAGAAUGGUAACACUCUGUGAGGGCAUUAUUUUCUGGAAUACCAUCUGUAUCCUCAAGAGGGAGCCACACAACAGAAUAAAAACAACUCAACUCAGUUCAUUUUUAUCAAAGUAACUUUAUUGCCACAGUAUAUAUACAGUGCUUAACAAACUUAUUAGACCACCACUACCCAAUGUAAG